AUGCAACUUUGGAUAGAAUAUAAUGGCCGGGAAAAGCAGAUUAAUGUGACAUUAGCUCUGAUUAACGUAGAUAAACCUGAUAUCCUGCUCCUGUCACUGAAAAUCGAUCUUUCUCCGAUCAUGAAAGACCCCAUGUACGUUGGAUUUUCAUCCUCUCACUACGUGUUGGGAUGGGGCUUUAAUCUGAACGGACCAGCAAAAAAACUCACUCUCUCAACUUCCCAAGCUUCCUCUAGUAGGACCGAAGGAGAAAUCCAAGUUUUUGACAAUUGGGUUGCCGAUUGUUAUCGUAGUUUUUGUGUCCACCGUGGUUUAAAGAGUCCAAUUUAUCGUGGCAAGAAGAGAAAGUUCGUGGAAUUAGUUGAAGAUUGGGAAAUGGAGUACGGGCCUCACAGAUUCAAAUACAAGGAUCUCUACCUUGCCACCAAGGGGUUCAGAGACAAUAAACUUCUAGGUAGCGACGGAUUUGGCAGGGUCUAUAGAGGUAUACUGCCCACCUCUGAAACCGAAGUUGCAGUGAAGAGAGUCUCCCACGAGUCAAGACAGGGGAUGAAAGAAUUUGUGACAAAGGUAGUUAGCAUCGGUCGCAUGCGACAUCGGAACUUGGUACAACUAUUGGGCUAUUGUCGGCGUAAAGGAGAGAUGGGAUGCAAAAACAUAAUACUUGAGGUUCUUGAUCCGCCGCCGGUGAUAGUUGUGUAG